AUGAUUGUGGCAUAUCGAAACAUUGGGCUUUCGUGGGGGCCCACAAGGCCCCCACGAUGGGUUGCGGGCUGGACUUUGGCGCAGCCUAUAGACGUUGAGGCACCCGCACAUUCCACCCAGCAACCACAUGCGACACUCACCGACUUGGGCGCCAUGGAGCAGCGACCCUCGCAAAGCCAGUCUCAGAGCAAGGUGUCGAUUGCCUGCGAGUCAUGUCGCUCAAGGAAGAGGAAGUGCGACGGCAAUAAGCCCGUGUGCCGAGGCUGUCAAAAUGGCGGUCACACAUGCCACUAUCGAGACAUCAACAGCCCGCCCAAUUUCGUCUUCAAGCCUGUCCAUGUCGCCGGUGCAUCGGAUGGCAAAAGAAGAAAGCUUUCCUUCGACACAGCUCCUUCAGCCUUAGCCAAGGAACCUGCUCAACCCUCACAACGAGCACCAUCGUUUACAGCUGCCCAGCUACCCAUUAAGCCUACGGUGCCUCCAACCGUCGCUAAAUCCAUCAGUGACCCUGUCGCGCUGCUCCAGAGUCCACCGACCGACCAGCAGCCCGACCGGUCAUGGGGUGUGCGCAUUCCCUUCUUCCGCUGGUUCGGCCCUACCGGCAUAGCACCCGGGUACAAGAAGUAUAUGACCGAGGUCAAGUUUGCCUCCGAUGCCCAGGAGCCGCUCUCGCCUCCGACCAGUGAUGCGACCGUACCUGGACAACCUCAGAGUUAUGUGCAGGGGACGCCACGCAAGGUCGAGUUGGAGACAUUUUUCUUCGACCCGGAGGAUAAUCUCACGCCCGCUCGAGAGCUAUUGUAUCCCUUGCUCGACACCUUCUUCGACUACUAUGGCUGCCAUUUCCCCUUCCACUCGCGCGAUGGCUUCGUCGAGAGUGUUAAAGAGAAGAAGGUGUCUGCCAUUCUGCUGAAUAGCAUGUGCGCCAUGGCAGCACGGUUCUCCACGCUCAGCAUAUUCGAGGGACAGCUUGCGUAUCUUCGAGGAGAGGUGUUUGCCAACAAGGCCAAACUUCUGCUUGUGCCGCUGCUGAAUCUGCCCAGCUACGAGGUCGUGGAGAGCAUACUGAUGAUUGCGUGGAUGGAGAUGGCAACGUGCCAUGAUGCUGGGCUGUGGAUGUAUACGGGAAUGGCAGUGAGAAUGGCGGAAGAUCUGGGUAUGCACAAGCACGAUACGCUGCCGCUCGAUGCCAGCGGAAAAACCGACGAGCCAUUCCUCUACUGGGCCGUCAAUUUCCUUGACCAUAUCAUCAGUUUCGCCACAGGCCGCCCGCUGACCACGCGAAGAGAAUUCGUCGACGUCAGCAUGCCCACCGAAAUGGCCAUCGAGAACUCCUCGGGCGAGCUCCCGUCACCUUUCCCCGGCAUGGUCCGCAUCAUCCAGAUGCAGGGCCUCGUCAACGAGGAGAUUGGCACCCUGUCGGAGCAGUCCAUCGACAUACCGCCGCGCACUAGGGAACGCCUCAUAACCUACGGGGAGGAUCUCGUCGCCUACUACACCCGCAUGCAUCCGUUGCUGGCCUUUGACGUGCCCAACUUCAGAGCGCAUGCUGCAAAGGGCCAGGGAGGCACAUUCUUGCUACUGCAUUUGUGGUUCAACAGCGUCAUGAUUGCGUUGCAUCGGCCGGGACUUCGCUUUGGGCAGGAAAACCAGCGCGGCGACAACCUGCUCUGUCUGGAGAGCCGCCAAAUAUCCAUCUCCACAGCCUGGACCACAAGUUCGUGCCUCAGCCUAGCCGAGCUCGUCGACGCCAAAUCCAUCCUCGGCAGUCCCUUCAUCGACCAGGCUGUCCAGAUGGCCGGACUCGUCUUCAUCGCUGAGCUCAGGGUCCCGCCCACGAUAUCCAUCGCCCAGCCCAUCAUGAUGGAGACAAUCGAGAAGCACAACUGCCAGGCCAACUACCAGGUGUGCCUGCGGACGCUGCAGUCGCUCAUGGUCUACUGGAGAGGGAUAGGAUGGAUCCUGACGGCGAUGGAGCAGAAGUUUCAGGGCAUCAAAGACACGGACCCCGGAGAGUUCAAUGUCGACCCCCACAGCUCCGUGCCCCUGACUGAUCGCAAGAUGAUCCAGCGGCUCCUAAGAGCGGCGGAUGGACGCCACCACUCGUCGAGUCGUGGACAGUGUUCUGAUUCCACCAUUGGUAUCGCCGUCGCCGGCACCACAAACUCAACCUCCAAGCAAACAGUCACCGUCUUGGAGUCCCCGGACUCGAGGCAAGGGCGUGCAGAUUCAAUGCAGACCAAUCUUACGCCAAAUACUACUCUGGGUUUCGACAGCGAUCUUGUGUGGACGUCUUGGUUGAACGACGGGUUCUGGGAUAUAGACUUUAACCGCCCACUGUAG